GCCGUGGAUCCUGUAGCUGUGCUGACAGUGUUCCAUGAAAUCGGUGUCGAUCCCUGCUUGUACUACAUAGCUCUUGGCGAAUCCCUGUUCAAUGAUGGUGUGACUCUCAUCCUCUUCAAAAUCGUUCAACAAUUCCUUGAUUCUAAGAGCGUCACUGCUAAAGGUAUAUUAAUCGGUCUGGGGGCAUUCUUAACCAUCAGUCUUGGUGCUAUUGUGAUUGGUGUUGUACUGGGCGUUCUGGCCUGCAUAAUCACUAAAUAUAGAACCCAUUUUGAGGUGGUAUUCCUUCUUGGUGUCGCCUACACAUCCUACAUACUCGGUGACGUUUUGGGCUGGUCCGGACUGGUUGCAUUGAUCACCUGUGCCAUGAUUCAAGCCGCGUAUGCAUUCCACAAUCUGGAAACGAAUGAUCUCUACACACUUAGAUCCAUCAGUCGGCAGUUGAGCGAGAUAUGUGAAGGCAUCAUCUUCCUUCUCAUUGGAAUCAAAUUGCUCGAGAAGCAGCUCUAUUGGCACAUGUCGUUCAAUCUAUGGUCCCUACUCACAUGUCUGGUGGUCCGUGCCCUUGUGGUGUUUGUGCUGAGCCUCUACAUCAAUCGCUUCUACCUGAAUAUCUCGACAAUAAGUCUGACGGAGCAAUUCAUCCUAGCCUAUGGUGGAUUACGUGGAGCUGUUGCCCUUUCCCUCGCCAUAAUGGUGGAUAAGCAGAAGGUUGAACAACGUGUCUACGACACCCUGGUAACCUCAACUCUCUUCACUAUCCUCUUCACUGUUGGGGUGAUGGGUCCAACAAUGCGACCGCUUGUAAAAAUUCUUCAUAUCAAGCUAGCUCAGCGCAAAACCAUUAGUCUAGUCCGCGUGCUAAACGAGCGGAUGAUUGAUGAGAUUGCAGCAGGUGUGGAAGGCAUCAUUGGUCGCUAUGGCCGUAAUUCUCUUAGAGCCUACUUCGUACGUCUAGAUGAGGAUUACAUACGUGGUUUCCUUCAACGACAACCAAGCUCCCACAAUGCAGGAAUUGUAAAGGUCUACGAGGAGAUGGCAUUGGUUCUUCACCUGGCCUCUCUUCGAUCACCGCAACAAGCGGCAUCCAUAAUGCGUGACUUGCCUGCCACCAUCCAACUGCGUCAGUUUGAAGCCAUUAAUAUGGAACACGAGGCUAGCAGAGCUGAAAUGCAGAAGAUGACUCAGUUCUCCGCAGCCCAUUCAUUUCUUGGUGUAAUGCGGCGAAGAAAUGCGACACUAUACCUAGAGGAUGACUGUGGCACAGCACCGCACAGAAGGGGUUUGCAGCGAUUCAGCUUCCUUUGUGAAAUGCCGAAAUUAUUGGCAGCUAAAAGAGUCCAGAUUUUAAGUCUGUCUUCUCAGUUGGCAGAGACCACGCCCUCCGACAGAAACGCGGACGCGAGGCCGCAGGAGGAAGCCGAGAAGGAGAACGAUAGGGCAAAGAAAGGGAGAAGAAGCAGGAAUGUGAUCAACAGGUGA